CACACACUGUAUAUGUAGGAUGAUCCUUUUUCCUCUUACCACCUCUCUCUCUCUCAUGCCUCUUCCAACUCAACUCGAACUCACAUCCAGUCACCGCUCCGAAAUCGGGCCCGACCCAAGCCCAUCUCGUCGCCCGGCCACUCACAGCCCGCACAUCCACAACGCAGCUCACUCCGCACAAUGCCAUUCGACGAGCGCCGCAGCCGAACAGCACUCGGUACCAGCAUCGGCAUCGCGAAAAAUCCCCGGUAUCGAUAGAUGGAUGCUCGAACGGCGUAUUUUCUGCUUACUUACAUUUCACCUACCGACUCUGUAAUCGGC